CUGGUAAAUGCUUAUACUGGUAAAUGCUUGUACUGGUUAAUGCUUGUACUGGUUCGGAUCAUGCAAUGAUUGAACUGACAUGGUUGUGUUGCAAAGGUUCUUUCCGUUUUACUUUUUUAUUUUUUAGGCGUCGACGAGGGGUUGGGUUGGGUCCCCAGUCUCCUGAUAGUCCUGACUGUGGAGUUGGAGGACGGGUUGGAGUAGGAGGAGGUUGUGCUACAGAAGCUACAAGAGGAGGAGGUGGUGGAGCUACAGGAGGAGGAGGGAAAGAUGAACCUUUAACACCUCCUCACACACCCUCGGAGGAAGAAAGACUUCGCCCCAACCCGGGCCCCCCGGAGCCAGGUUUAGGGAUGGAAUAUCUCCGUUACUCCGGGUCUAGUUUACAACAGGGAGGUUCAACCGGCUCCACAUACCUUCAGGAAAGUGUCCCAGGAUACCAGGAUUUAUACUCCUGGAGGAUCCCUCGUCAUACUCCUGAGGACUCCCAGUUUACCACUCCUUCCUCACCUCACUCCUCACCGCUCCCUCGGGUAGCUCCGUCCCCGGAGUACCCGUUGCGAGGGGAGUACCCCGGGGUUGGUAGGGAGUAUCCUAACCCUAGAAGUAUGGAGUCCUAUUACGAGUACUCUAGUUAUUAUCCCUCGUAUUAUCUUUCAUCACAAAGAAAUCCACAAGAAUGGGGUCAAUAAAAGAACAGAGGAGGAGUCUGUCUUAGUCUACACGGGAGUACUACUGCAAGCAAUCAGUGAAUCGCAAGUUUACGAGUACUUUAAGAUGCUGGCAUCUGAUGGACUGUGCAGGAGUACAUUAAGAUACCGUGCACUGUGCAGGAGUACUUUAAGAUAUCGUGCACUGUGCAGGAGUACUUUAAGAUACCGUGCACUGUGCAGGAGUACUUUAAGAUAUCGUGCACUGUGCAGGAGUACUUUAAGAUACCGUGCACUGUGCAGAAGUACUUUAAGAUACCGUGCACUGUGCAGGAGUACUUUAAGAUACAGUGCACUGUGCAGAAGUACUUUAUGAUUCUGUGCACUGUGCAGGAGUAUAUUAAGAUACCGUGCACUGUGCACUGUGCAGGAGUACUUUAAGAUACCAUGCACUGUACAGGAGAACUUUAAGAUACCGUGUACUGUGCACUGUUCAGGUCUACUUUAAGAUACCGUGCACUGUGCAGUGAAUCGAAACAUUAGAAGUACUUUAAGAUACUGUGCUCUUAGCAGUGAAUAGAAACUUUAGAAGAACUUUAAGAUGCUGUGUUCUUAGCAGUGAAUAAAAACUUUAGAAGUACUUUAAGAUACUGUGCUCUUAGCAGUGAAUAGAACUUUGAAAGAUCUUGAGAAAGUUGUAAAAUAGCACCAUUCUUCUUGUGUAAUGUUUAUAUAUUUAUAUUUAUAUAUAAGUUGUACGUAAAACAGUAUUCUUUAAGAACUGAUUAUUGUUCUAUAUAAUAUUGCCUCUUUUUUUGUACAUGUGUCAUGUAUCAUGUACCCAAUCAUCCGUACUGGAAGUGCCUUAUGUUUCAGAGAAAACAAAAUUAAAAGUUCAAUUCAAUGAAUUUAUUUUUGUAUGUCAUUUUUCAAAAGAAGUAUUUUUUGAAACCGAAAAUUGAUAUACUAAAAUUUGACAUUUACCCGUCAAUGAUAAUUCUUAUAU